CCGGCGGCUCAGUCAUCCUAGGCUGGUCAAAAAAAUAGCACACAGAUUUUUUUUUUUUCGUUUCUUCCCCUCCGAGACGUUUACAAAUAAUCUCUAUCCAGUAAUGGCUUUCCGAUUGUUGACCAAGGGCGCCGCAGCUGCUGCCAUUGCUCGUCCCACUUUGAUGACUGCUUCGCGCCAGUCUCUUGGUGUCGCUGCUCUCCGUCAGUACUCCACCCAGAAGGAGGUUGAACCCAAGCAAAAAGCUAACAGCAUUAUUGAAUCGCUUCCCGGCAACUCCCUCAUUUCCAAGACCGGCUACGUGACCCUCGGUACUGGUCUCGCCACCUUCCUCGUCUCCAAGGAAAUCUACGUCUUCAACGAAGAAACCCUUGUCUUGCUCGCUACUACCGGUCUUAUUGGUCUUUUCUUGAAGUACCUCAAGGAACCUUUCAACAACAUGGCCAACGAACACAUCGACCGUAUCAAGAGCAUUUUGAACAAGGCUCGUGAGGAUCACAAAUCGGCUGUUCAGGAUCGUAUCAACCACGUCGGUCAAAUGAAGGAUCUCGUCGAUGUCACCAAGUCUCUCUUCGAACUCUCUCGUGAAACCGCCAAGUUAGAAGCUGAAGCUUUCAAGUUGAAGCAGCAAGUGGCUGUUGCCCAGGAGAUCAAGAGCACCUUGGACUCAUGGGUUCGUCACGAAACCAAUGUCCGUGAGCGUGAACAGAAGCAGUUGGCUGCUUACUUGAUUGAGAAGAUCCACAAGGAUUUGCAAGAUCCCAAGAUCCAGCAACAAAUCUUGGACCAAGCUGUCAGCGAUGUUCAAAAGCUUGCCAAAUCCGCCUAAAUUCAAUGAUUGAUCUAUUCCUUAGAACAAUAAACAAACAAAAGAUACUCGAACAUAUCAUUUGGAAAAAGGCACUGUGAAUAUAUUAAAAUGCUAUGUGAGGAUUGAUUGAAACACCAGUAAAGUAUUGAUUGUAGAAAAAAAAAAC